AUGUCAGAGAUGUGGAAAUGUCAAGAAUGUGGAAAUGUUGGGGAUGUGGAAAUGUCAGGAAACAUAGAAAUAGAAAUAGUUAAUGUUGAAGAAGUAGUUAAUGUUGGGGAAAUAGAUAAUGCUAGGGAAGUUGUUAAUGUUGAGGAAAUAGUUAAUAUCAGGGAAGAAGUUAAUGUCAGAGAAACAUAUUGUUGGGGAA